AACGUCAACGCGCCGAGGACUAUAAGGAAAACAUGUAGAUAAGGGUAGCUCUAGAUCUGAAGCCAAUAUUCAAAUGCGUAAUGACCGAAAAUUUCCUGAAAAGUAUUCUGAACAGUUAAUAUUGCUGACGUUCAGUUGAGGGAAGACUUUGAAGCUAACGGAAUGAAUGCAGAGUGCUAUUUUUCCUUAGAGGUAUGCUGAUAUAGACGUACUCAGAAGGUUACAUGAUAAUGAGAUCAAAAAUUCUAUUUUUUCAGAUUCUGUACUUCUUCACGCACAAGUAUGCGUCUUCAGGGUGUCAGACGGGUAUUCCAAGCCAUUGUACUGGAAACAACGGGAACAAUUCUUCCAUUUGGUCGAGCAAAUCAUUUUUGUAUUCGAUGGGAGCUUUCGGCGCAUUAGCUUUUAUACUUUUUGUUUGCCAUUGCAUAAAACUAAUGGAGGAAGCCGAAGAAAAUGAUAACAUAAACGCCAACACAACACAAAGAACUGUCAAUACGGAUAGGAUUCCAAGGGAAACAGACAUCCAAUUAAAUGGACAGGUGGAUAGGAUAGAAAUGAACUCAGUGAACGAGCCAUGGCAACAUGAAGAAGCGUUUGAUCAAAUUUAUGAUCCCACCGCAGAUAGUGCCCCUCAAUCGUACAUUGAAGUCGAAGAUGAGACAGUAGCACCUCCGCCAAGUUAUGAAGAAGUAAUGAGAGCUUCACAGGAGGCUCUUCAUUCAAGAACACCGUCACAUCAUCACCAUGUCACCACGUAUAUUUAAAUUUUAAAUUUUAAAUUAAAGAAGGGUCUCGGUCAGCGGAAACAAGCGAAAAAGCGGGCGGGUGAUCAUGCAGCCGUUUCCCUGACAACCCCAAUCGCUGUUUCUUGUUUUCUCCGCUCUGUCACUGGUUUUAACCUACCGAGGGCCUGGAGAAGGAGGCCGUAAGGGGUUUUGCUGAGAUAUUUUGUACCUCUGGUGCAACUGUAAAUAACGCAAGCAAAUAACUUGGCGGUAGUUUAAUUUGUCUUACAUCCAUUUGUCACGGAAAUAGUGGGUUUUAAUUUUCCGUAUAUAAUGCACUAUUCAAAGGAAACUGUUUACAUGUGUACCAUGAGACUUCUUUGAAAAGAGGAGGUUAUCCUAAAUUAUUAUAAACAACUUUUGAAUUUCAAGAAGCCAAAAGUUUUUGUCUGUGAAGACCGGAAGUAUUUCCUUUGAAGAGGGACAAUUAGAGAGCAUAUUUUACCGAGUGUAGUUUUUGAUACUUUUAUUAAGAUUAUAUUCAUGCAUCUGUGAAUCUCUAAAGGAUGCAAGCUUCACAUUUCGCUAAUGCAAACAGUUGUCAUGAAAUCUUGUUUCCACUGAUUUUCCAUGUGGCUUUCCCUUUCGCGUUGCCUUUG